AUGUGCCUUUGCACAGGUUGCCAGCGAGAGAACGGAAUUCGCGACCCCGAUUCGCUGUGCAAUAGCUGUGGUCACGCUCUUGAACUACACUCCGUUCCUAGAGAGUUGUACAACUCCUCCAUCCCCAUUAGGACGGUCCCCCGAGACGAGACCGUUAGGGAACUUGCCGGAAAUCUCCAAGGACAGCAAAACAGACUGUUCUUUGGUAUCCCAGGGUCCGGAAAGUCGCAACUCGCAAGGGAACUCUACAACUACCUACUCUUUCAAUGUUUCAAGGUUGUUUUCAUCUGGAACUUUGACCCAUCAGGAUUCACCAACAUCACGAACAUCACCGAGUACUUGCUAUGGCAUGUUGAAUUUGAAGGACUUCGAUCAUCGUCCAAUACUCUGUGGAGCGACAAUAUCAUUUUCAUCAUUGACGAAGCCCAUAAGUCUUAUGGCUGCGACAAAUUCUGGCAGGUGGUCAACAAAUGCAACGCCGACCAUAUCGAAGGGUUCAUGGCGCCUUCUUUCUGGCUCUUCAGCAAUUACGGCCCAAGUGCGAUGGUCACAUCUCCCAACAACGGCGAAGGAAACAUUGACCGCCCUAUCAUCCCAUUCCCCGAGGAUCUGUCACUUCACUAUGAUCUCGGGGAGUGUAUGCGGGCCAUCGACCUCUACCUCGAGAAAAUGGGCGACAAGUAUGACAUUGACAACGCCACGAGGGGGUAUGUGUUCGACCUCACCAACGGUCACCCCAGGCUGGUAGACUGGAUCCUGGAAUUCGUCAACGAACUCUAUCAUGCCCACUUCAAGCGGGCUGGAAUCCGCAUGUUGGGUGUGGGAGAGCUCGACGAGGCCCUCACCUCGUCGGGGGUGUUGGAGGGUCACCUCCGCGCCGCCGCGUUCAAGACUGGCCUACCAAUGGUCGGAACCGGCCUCUUCCCCCCAACUGCGGAAUUUCGGGUGUUGAUCAACGCCGUGGCCGGGGGAGAGGAGGGUCUCCCUGGGACGCCUCAAACGAGGCAAUGCGGGCCUGCAUCCGAAAGGGCUGGCUCGCCAUCAAGAGCCAUGCUCGCGGUGCGGGGGGACCGAAGUGGUGGUCAAGUUCCUGGUGGCGGUGGCCAACGGCCACCUUGA